AGUCCGUCCUCAUGAUCAUCACGGCUCUGGCAGCAGCCAGCGCGGCACAAGGACCUAAUAAAUGCAAGUUCCCUGAGUCUACUGCUGCUGCAGCUCAGCAGUGCUCCGGGGCUGAGGGGAGGCUGCUGAUUUUUCAACUCACAGAUAAAGCAGAUUCAAACCUGAGGUUGAAGAAAGACGACAAAUAUGUUAUUACAAGGAUUAAAAAACUGAAGAUAGAGUUCCAACAUAAAGAAUAUGCCAGUGAUGCGAAAGUCUUCCCUAAUGGAUCCUUCAUACUGGGAAGAGCAACAAAGAACCACUCUGGAGAUUACAUGUUGGAAGAACACACGUCAGGAGGGGUUUUAAUAAGAACAGUGAACCUGCAUCUAGAAAUUCAAGCUCCAGUGUCAAAGCCAGCUGUGUCUCAGGUGUGUUCAUCAGCAGAGCAGAGGAGCAUCAGCUGCUCCUCUGAAGGAGAGGAAGUAGAGUUUAUUUUUACUUUGGAUGGUGAGAUACUAAAGCAUACAAGAGACCAAAGCCAGUCCCUGAACAGGAAGGCAGCAAACAUGCAGGGGACUAAAACUAAACAAGACCAAGACAUUGCCACCAUCGGCUUACCUGGUCAGCUGACAGGAAACUUGACGUGUUCUGUUUGGAACAACGUCAGCUUGGAGGAAACAGUUAUUCACCUGAAUAUCUGCAAAGCAAAAACAUCUGGGGAAGAAACAUCUGGUGCCACUACCUUUGUUAUGUUCUCAUCCUUUCCUGUGGUGGCUGUGGCUGUAACAGCAAGUUUCCUGGCUAUCGUCCUCGUGGCUCUGGGCUGUGGUUUAACCAUCCUUCUUAAAACACCAGCAUCCCCUCCGGCUAACGAGGCUGUUACAGAAAACCCCGAAGAGGAAAUCAUCUACUCAGACGUCAUAGUGAUCCAACGUACACGGACAACCGAACCCGGCUCAGAUCCGGACUCUACAGAACCUCCUCCUGAAACAGUAUCAGUCACAAGCCUGACCGUGUCUUCCUUUUCUUCCCCGGCUUUGGAGGAAAUCAUUUAAAACUAAUGCUGAAGGGUUUUUGUGUCAUGGGCUGUUUAAACAGGAAACUCUUUUCUUUCUUCUUCUUAUUAUUAUUUUGAAUCUGUAAUUUCCUGACGUAAACAUGCUUUUCAAAUUAAGUUAAUCUGGAAACAAUUUAUGAAACAUGUAUCUUAGUAUACUGGUUUCUCUUUCCAAAAUAAACAGCCAGUCUAUGCAUGUCAGCCUCGUUGUGUAGACUUGUUUUAUGCUACUAAGGAGACUCUCCGACCCUGAGACGGUCAUACAUACUUUCAUCACCUCCCGUCUGGAUGACUGUAACUCACUGUACACAUCUUUAAACAGAGAUACAGGUCGUCCUCAACGCAGCAGCCAGACUCUGCACUAGAUCCAAAAACAGAGACCACAUCCCUCCUGUUUCAGCUUCCCUCCAUCAGCUCCUGAUACAUUUUAGAAUUUAAGAUUUUAUUGUUGACUCUUAAAGACGCUCAGGUACAUUUCUGAUCUCCUCCCUCCAAACGUGCCCGGUACCCUGAGGUCCUCAGCCCAGAGGCUCUGCUCGCCGUCACACAGUCGAGGCUGAGGACCAAAGGUGAGAGGGCCUUUUCUGUCAGAGCUCCGACCCUCUGGAACGACCUCCCCGAGGAGAUCAGAGAUAUUUAUCCUCCUUUAAAAACACAUUUUGAAACAUGUGCUUUAACAGGAGAUGUCACCUGAGCAUCUUUUAAUCCAGAGGCUUUUAUUCUUUUUCAGGGAGUAUCACUGACAGGAUUUAAUCAGUUUGAUUUAUCCUUU